UGGGUGUGCGCACUGUUGCCGUUGAGAUUGGAAUAUAUCCUGGCUUUCCUCUGCAUCCUUGGAACUGUAGCGACUCGUUUUUUUUUGUUCUCUUUUUCGCAGGAUACUUGGAAGAUAGAUCCCGCGCAAGAAUACAGAGCUGCCUAUCAUGACGAGCAAGCCCAUCUUUGUGGCUACUCACCCGAGAGCCUGCUCAACGGCUUUCGAGAGGGUCUUCAUGACCCGCCACGAGACACUUCAAUGUGUCCACGAACCUUUUGGCGACGCCUACUACUUUGGACCUGAACGCCUCGCUGAACGCUACGAGAACGACGCGAAGGCGAGGAAAGAGAGCGGCUAUGAAGACAGCACAUACAGAACCAUUUUCGAUCGCAUUGCGAGAGAAAACUCAGAGGGCAAACGCGUAUUCGUAAAAGACAUGGCCCAAUACUGGAUUCCGCCGUCAGGCAAACCAGCCACCAUCGCACCGUCACUCAUCAACUACCGACGGGGCGUAGGCACAAACACGACGGAACUCUCGCCCGUGACCACACGCUCUGCUGCGUCCAAGCCGCCAUACCCAUACGACACGCCCGGCGAGCCCGGCAACCCGACGGUGAUCCCCAAGGACCUCCUCGCAACGUACCACUUUACGUUUCUGAUCCGCCACCCCAAAUACAGCAUCCCGUCGUACUACCGGUGCACGAUCCCGCCGCUCGACGCCAUGACGGGCUUCUACAACUUCCGGGCCGACGAAGCGGGCUACGACGAGCUGCGCCGCCUGUUCGACUUUUUGCGCGCGGAAGGCCAGAUCGGGCCCAAGUUUGCGGGCGCAAAGGGCAUGGAUUCAAACGACCAGGUGAAUGGGCACACGGGCGACGUGGAAAUCUGCGCAUUCUGCAAGACGACGGGCAUCGAGUGGGAUCCAGGGAUGCUGCAGUGGGACUCGGACCAGGACCAGGCGGUUGCCAAGGCGGCGUUUGAGAAGUGGAAGGGGUUCCACGAGGAUGCGCUGGAUAGUGAUCGGUUGAGGCCGAGGACGCAUAAGAAAGAAGCAAAAUCGGAUGAGCAGAUGUAUGCCGAGUGGAAGGAAAAGUUUGGCGAGGAGGGCGCCAAUGUGAUUCGGGAUACGGUUGCGGCUAAUGUCGAGACGUACGAGUAUCUGAAGCAGUUUGCUAUCAAGGUUUAGCAUGGGUUGGGCAACGAUAUGGAAUAGCAGGGGUGUCGAAUUGCCAGGGCGGGGAUAUAUGAAAGUAUCUUCUUUUUCGUUAGAUUAGGCUUUGGUCAUAUAUACAGGAUACAGGGAAGUGAGGAAUCCUUAGAGGAAGAAGACAUUAUCGACGUAGAUACAGGGGUUAAUUCACGUCAAGACUAGUAGGAAACGCUCAAGGCCAUGUAUAUUCUAUACUACAAAUUACGAGUAUGAUUAGAUUUUUGAUUUUGCUGCCAAACCCAUGGCAUGAUGCUAAAACAAAUUAAACCCCCC